CAUAUUUUAAAUUGGCCACUACAGUCUUAAACAGAAGCCCCUUUCACGAAAUUUAACACAAUCAUAAACGGCGCUGCCUCUUAAUAGCAAUGGGUCCGAGAAAGAGAGGAUCAAAGAAAAGGAAAUCCGAGGAGGCGUUGGGAGGCGAAAAGGAGGGAGAGGACACCGAGGAGAGGAGACACAGGAGGAAGUACCGUGGGAAUGAUAAAUACAUUGGAGCUCAUGUAGGCUUUCCAGGUGGGAUAUGGAAAGCAGUGGAGUCCUGCACAGAGAUGGGUGGAGCGGUGUUUCUGGGCUCCCAGCGGUCAUGGAAGAGGCCUGCACUGGACCAGAUAGCUGCUCUCAAGUUUAGAGAGCAAUGUUCUCUACAGGAGUAAACUAGCUCACAUCCUGCCUCAUGGGUCCUAUACUUGAUGAACUGUGGAUCUCCUAAAGAAGAUGUGUUUGAGAAGAGCCGGGCCCUGCUGGUGGAUGAGUUCAGCUGCUGCAGCCUCCCGGGCCUCACCCUCUACAACUUCCACCCUGACUUGUCCCUGGGCUCCAUCACCACUGAGCAGUGUGUGGAGAAGUUGGCAGGAGCCAUUAACCACGCCCAUAAGCAAACACCUGCUGUGGUUACAGUGUUGGAGAACAUGAGCGGUCAGGGCAGUACGCUGGGCGGUAAGUUCUCUGAGCUGAGGAGCAUCGUAGACAAAGUGAGAGACCAGACCAGAGUAGGAGUGUGUCUGGAUACCUGUCACGCCUUUGCCGCAGGAUAUGACGUGGCUGCAGAGGGAGCAGCGGAGGCCAUGCUUGAUGAGUUUGAUCAGGAAGUGGGACUCCACUAUCUUAAAGCCCUCCAUCGCAAUGACUACAAAGGUAAACUAGGCUGCCACCUUGAUCGCCAUGAAGACGUUGGUAAAGGUCAAUCUGCUUUCCGAGACAUCGUCAAUGAGCCCAGACUGGACCACAUCCCUCUGAUACUGUAGACACCUGGACAGCCAGGUUUUGAGUAUGCUGAGCAGGUUGAACUUCUGUAUUCCCUAUUUAUGAGAAGACAAUAGUUGGCACUUUUACUGAGGAAUUGGACCAGCUAAACUGAACCGAACCAGACCUCGGCUCACACGUCUGCUCAGAGAACUGGACUGAAUUUGUCAAGGACCAAAGUGGAUGGGUUGUUGUAAAUCGGUGUGAA